AUGUCCAAUGUUGAAAUUCUUCACGUGCGCAGAUAUUACCCACUAGGGGUUUCAGAAAUCAUCGGUCGUGGUGGCGCGUCAUUCAUUGGGGUGCUUGAUGAGUCCACUGUUCUGAAAUACCCGUGUAUCCCUGGUAAUAACGAAGGCAUUCAAACAGAGGCCAGGCUGCUUGAGGCUAUUGGAAGCCAUCCCAGAAUUAUCGCUACGGAAGGCCUAACAAAAUAUGGUCUUGUUCUACAGCGUGCCUCGACUGGAUGCUUGAACGACUAUAUCGACUAUAUCGCAUCACUGCCCGCUAUUCCAUUCGACAGAAAGUUACUCUGGCGUAAACAAACUGCGGAAGCAGUUAGCGUUAUACACGAAAAACAUGUCAUUCAUUGCGACAUAAACCUUCAGAACCUUUUGCUCGAUAAGCAUCUUGAUCUACUUCUAGCGGACUUUUAG